AUGGGGGAAGCUUCUGGAAAAAUCGAUCUUGAGAAGCUGAUUUUGUACAGCGACGAUCUGGUGGGUUUUUUGAAGGACAAGAAGGACCUGAACAACUUGGAGCAUUCUCUCCAACAUUCCAAGGCCCUCCGCUCCUCAUGUGAUGCCGAUUUCAACGAAGUUCAGAAUUUGCUUCAAGACUAUGAGAAAAAGAUAGAUGCAUGCAAGCAGAAAACUGAGGUGGCAUAUUCAGAGGUUGUUGUUGAUGAAGAAAUAGACCUUCUUCAAAGAGAACUUGAUGGGGUCAUUGAAACAGAAAUGGUCACUGACGAGAUUAAUGAUUUAGAGCGCCAAAGGAUUGCUCAUCAGGAGAAAAGGCGAAUUUCGAAGAGACACAAGCAAGAUGAGUUCAGAAAACUGAGGGAGCUUUCCAUGCAUGCUUCUGUCACAAAUAUUAUACCUACGAGGCUGGAAGAUCAGUCAAGUGUUUUGGGCUCUAUUGUGGAUAGUGAUACCAAAACGCAUCAGAAGUUUGAAUUUGAUCUAACAAAGAUGACGGCCUUCGAAACAUGUAAUAGCAUUUGGAAGAUGAUUUCAUGA